AUGACAGUUAAAAAAGAUGAAAUUAAAAUUCAAAUUGAAGAUAUCACAAUUGAGAAAGAUAAUAUUUUCACAUUGGAAGAUAAAGAGCAACAUUUGAAUGGAAAAACUGUUAUUUAUAAAAUACAUUUAGAUUUACAUAAAACAGAUGAAGUAAUUUUUAAAGUAAUUAAAGUUGAAAAAUAUAAAGAAGAAGAAAUCGGUGGAAUUGUUUCUUUUGUUCAUGAUAUACAAACUUAUUUUUUUAUCUUUAAUGCUAAUGGUAUCUAUAGGCUUACCAUUGAACUUGAUAAUGAUGAUUUUGAGCAAUUUAACUAUCCAAAAAGAUUUAUAAAAGAAUUAGAAAUUUUAUACAGGUUAAAAUCUUGUAUAUUUCGUAUUAACAACUGUAUUUUUGGCAAUUACUUUCAUAUUGAGCAAUACAGAGAAGGUAUUCAAGUUAUGCAAUUAUAUGAUCUAAGAACCAUGCAAAUACAACAAAUUUUUAAUAUAUAUGAAGAAAAAAAAUAUAAUAAAUAUAGCGAUUCAAUAUUAGCUAUUUCAGCAAAUAAGCAAAUGAUUGCUUUUUCUUCUGGAUAUGGAAAAUUAGCUCUUUAUUUAAUAGAAAAUGGUCUGGAAAUUAUUCAUAAAUAUUUUAGGAAAGACACCAAAAUAAUUGCUUGUAAAUUUAAGGAUGCUAACAAUUUAAUGAUAAUAGUUAAAAAAGCUAAAUACAAAGAUGCAGAGAUGUUACUUUGGAAUUUAUAUACAAAUAAAUUUCAAAAAUAUGAUAAAUAUAUUGGAGCAGAAGAUGAAAAAAGUAUUUUUUAUAGUGCAAGUAUUUCUUGUAAAUAUGUAUUAGUUGAUGAUUGUGGUGGUGUAUUUUCAGUAUAUGAUAACAGUUGUAAAGUAGAAAGUUCAGAUAAAAUAUUGGAAUAUGUAAAUAAUAAAGGAAAAGUACAACCCUUUUUACAUAACAGAGAACCAUGGAUAACUGAUAUAACUGAUAUAACUGAUAAUAAAAAUAAGAUAUGGGUAUAUCUUGAUCAAAAUAAAUCGAUACAGUUAUAUAUUGAAAAGUAUACAGUUCAAGUAUGGCAUCAAAUUGAGCAAAAAGAAAAGUUUAUUCUGGAAUAUAUUUGGGUUAACGAUGAAAUUUUACAAAUAUUUGACUUAAUUGUUUAUGAAAAUAAAAUUGGAUUUUCUCUUAAAUUAGAAAAUAAUAUUCAUCUUGAAUGGGUAUAUAAUGAUGAUAAUGGUCAUAAAAAUUUAAUGAGACAUGCAUGCUAUGCUCUUGAAUAUUUAAAUGAUCAAAGAGAUAAAUUAGUCGGAUAUGAAAAUCAACAUGUAUUUGAAGAAAUUAAGUAUAAUGUUACUCUUAUGAUUUGGAGAUUUAUUAGAAAUUAUCCUGGUAUUUGGAAAUUGUUAGAUAUUCACUAUAAUCUUAUGGCAAGCAUUAUAAUUGGUGGUUCAAAUACUCUUAUUAAAUAUAUUUUAUUUGGUGAUGAUAAUGUUGUAAAUCAUGAAUAUUUACAUAUACCAAGAUUAACUCGAUGGAUAGGUGUUGAAUUAAAUGAUAGACCUAAAAAGAAAUUGGAAAUAUAUAAAGAUAAAAGUGAUUUGCAAAUAGCUAUUGGAUUGUGUAAACCUGGUCUUGAACGUAAUCGUAGGAUUUUGGUUGUAACUUAUUUACUUGAAUAUUAUUCACAAAAUGCAACUAAACAUGAUGGGUGGUUAAUUACUAUUUCAAAGGCAUUACCAGAUUUAUAUAAAUAUAAUUUAGGUAUCGAAAUAUCAAAUAUUAUUGAACACACAGAUAUUAUACCUAAAAAUAUUCAAAUCAUUUUAAAGGCAAAACAAAAGUAUACAGCAUUUAAUCCAAUCUCGAAACUUAUUUCAACAAGUGAGCCGAAAUUUAAUUUUAAAGCUCUAGGAAAGGUUUUAAGGUUAAAAUUAACAAAACUUUACGCAAAAUUUCUUCCAAAUAAUUAUGAAAAUUGUUCUCCAACUGUAAAAAUGGUUCCUUUACAUAAUCUUACUAUUAAUAGUAUACAUGAAAAGAAUAACGACAAACCCUCACAAUUGCCCCUAUAUCUACAACGUAUUAUCAAAUUUUUGAAAUUUUUAUUCAUCCCUCGAGGUUAUGUUGUUAUUAAUUCAGCUGACGCAGAGAAAUUUGCAAAACUUAGUCCAUUUGUACAAAUAAUUAGAAAAGAAAAUAAUGAUGAUAUUUUUAAUAACCCUGUAAUGGAAGCUGUAAUUGAUUACAAAUGGAAACCAGCAAGAAACUAUUUUCUUCGACUUUUUGUUCUUUAUAUUUUAUUCGCAGCUUGUUUUGCAGCAAUUUGUGGGACUUAUGUGGCACAUUCUGAAGCAACAGGAUAUCGAUGUUAUUUAUUAGUUGUUGAAUACAGACAGUUUGAACAUCAUGGUUGGAGAUAUUACUUCAAACUUUUUAAUUGUGUUGAUUUAGCAUCAGUUGUCGUAGCGGUGGUUGUAAUGUCAGUUCAUGUCACUCCUUCAUUUGAUACUAAAAACGCAUUUGCUAAUGUUGAGACAACUCAAGAAAUAACCAUCGCGAUUUCUUUUACAAUGUUAUUACUGUGGUUUGAAUUUAUUUUAUAUCUUCGGUUAAUAUCAGAACCAGCGAAAUAUAUUUAUAUUAUGCUAAAUAUUAUUAAUGAGACUUGGAUAUUUCUUGCUUUUAUGAUUCUUGUGAUGGCAGGAUUAGCAGAUAGUUUUUUACUAUUAUUACAAUAUCCUGAUUUUACAAAUCUUACAGAAUCAACAACAUCAUCUACAUUAAUUACGGAUGAUUCAAACUUUAAAAUUCAAAAUGAUUUUGAUCGAACCGAAGAUAACCCAGCUAAAAAUUUCGUUAUCUCAUUUCUUGCAACAUAUAAUUGGUUAAACGGUGCAUUUUUACAACAGGAUGCAUGGAGUUUUUGGGCGGUAAAGUUUAUUACUUUCUUUGGUAGUUUUCUUCUAGUAACCAUCUUGCAAAAUAUGUUUAUUGCUUUUAUGGGUGGAGUGUAUUCUAAUGCAUAUGAGAAAGGUCGUGUUGCUUUAUUACGAUUUCGUAAGUCAAUAAGUCAUGAUAACUGGGAAGAGAAUGUCAAAAAUUGGGAGAAUAAAAACUUAUAUGAUGACUAUGAAACGAAAAUGAUUGAGAGAAAGUUAUCAUAUGAGGAUGAAGAAGAUGAUCAUUCCGAUGAUGAAGAUAGUUCUGAAAAUGAAAAGAAGAAUGAAAACACUGGUGUUAAAGAGCUUAAUAAUAAGGUUGUUAAGAAAGGAAAGGAAAAAGAAAUUAGUAUUACUGAGCUUGAUAAUAAAGUUUCUAAGGAAGAAGAUAUUAGUAAUAAUGAUCUUAAUAAUAAGAUUAAUGAAUAUAAUAUUAAAUAUAAUAGCAGGUUUGAUGAGAUUAAUAGUAAGAUUGAUAAAUUACUUAAUCUUAAUCAUUCAGUAAAUUAA